AUGAGUCAGAAUCAUAGUUUGUAUGGGACCGUAUCGCUUGCAGAAAACGGUUCCGAACAGAGACAUCACUGCGGAGACGCAGUGGGUGACCAGAAAAAUAUCUCCCACGGUCUUGGUGCUGGAGCCGAAUCUUUCAACAAUGUAAUAGGCCACCCAGGAAUCGAUGAUGAUGGCUUUGCAGAGGACAUCGACGAAAAAGAGCAUGAUGAUCUGCAUGAUUAUGCCGAUAGAGCUGGCAGCGAAACCGCAAUCUCGCAAGAAAAGGGUCAGUAUGACGCUCAUUCCUCCGUAUGUGAACGACCGGAGGAAUUUGAGCAAGAAGAUAAGCUUGGAGUUGGUCUCAGCAUAAACAAUUGUCCAGAUUCCUAUCUCCCCAAGAAAAUCAUCUAA